AGACUGACGCUCGGACCGACCGACCGACAGAGUGCACCCGAUGGCGCUGCCUGGCGAGCCCUGCGCGGGGCCGGGGGUCUGGAACCAGACGGAGCCGGAACCUGCCAGCACCCGCCUGCUGAGCCUUUGCUUUCUGAGAACAGCAGGAGUCUGGGUGCCCCCCUUGUACCUCUGGAUCCUGGGCCCCAUCUACCUCCUCUACAUCCACCGCCAUGGCAGGGGCUACCUCCGGAUGUCUCCCCUCUUCAAAGCCAAAAUGGUGCUUGGGCUUGCCCUUGUAGUCCUGUUCAUCUUCAGUGUGUCUGUCGCUCUUUGGAAAAUCCAGCAGGGAACGCCCGAGGCCCCCGAAUUCCUCAUUCACCCUUCGGUGUGGCUCACCACAAUGAGCUUCGCCAUGAUCGUGAUUCACCUCGAAAGGAAGAAGGGGAUCCAGGCAUCUGGGCUGCUGUUCGGAUACUGGCUGCUCUGUUUUCUCUCGCCAGCUACCAGCGCUGCCCAGCAGGCCUUGAGAGGGGGCUUCCAGAGUGACCCCAUCCGCCACCUGUCUACCUACCUGUGCUUGUCUCUAGUCAUGGCACAGUUUGUGCUGUCCUGCCUGGCGGAUCAACCUCCCUUCUUCCCUAAAGAUCCCCAGCAGUCUAAUCCAUGUCCAGAGGCUGGGGCCUCCUUCCCCUCCAAGGCCAUGUUCUGGUGGGUUUCAGGGCUUGUCUGGAGGGGAUACAGGAGGACGCUGGGAAUGAACGAUCUCUGGUCACUUGGGAGAGAAAACUCCUCACAAGAGCUUGUUGCCCAGCUCGAAAGGGAGUGGACGAGGAACCACAGAGCAACCCAGCGGCACACCAAGGUUUUUAAAAGGAAAGGAGGCAGCAGUCAGAAGGCCUCAGAGACUGAAGUCUUCCUACAGCAAGAAGGCAGCCAGCGGGGCCCACUGCUGAGAGCCAUCUGGCAGGUGUUCCAUUCUACCUUCCUCCUGGGGACCCUCAGCCUUGUUAUCAGUGAUGUCUUCAGGUUUGCUGUCCCCAAGCUCCUCAGCCUUUUUCUGGAGUUCAUUGGCGAUCCCAAGCCCCCAGCCUGGAAGGGCUACCUCCUGGUGAUGCUGAUGUUCCUCUCGGCCUGCCUGCAAACGCUGUUUGAGCAGCAGCACAUGUACAGGCUCAAGGUGCUACAAAUGAGGCUGCGGACAGCCAUCACGGGCCUGGUGUACAGAAAGGUCCUGGUUCUGUCCAGCAGCUCCAAGAAGGCCAGCACAGUAGGGGACGUGGUCAACCUGGUGUCUGUGGAUGUGCAGCGGCUGACCGAGAGUGUCCUCUACCUCAACGGGCUGUGGCUGCCACUCAUCUGGAUCGUCGUGUGCUUCGUCUAUCUCUGGCAGCUCCUAGGACCCUCUGCCCUCACUGCCAUCGCAGUCUUCCUGAGCCUCCUCCCUCUGAAUUUCAUCAUCAGCAAGAAGAGGAACCACCAUCAGGAAGAGCAAAUGAGGCAGAAGGACGCACGGGCGCGGCUCACCAGCUCCGUCCUCAGGAACAUGAGGACCGUCAAGUCCCAUGCCUGGGAGGGAGCCUUUCUGGAGAGAGUCCUGCGCAUCCGGGGCCAGGAGCUGGGCGCCUUGAGGACCUCCAGCCUCCUCUUCUCUGUGUCUCUGGUGUCCUUCCAAGUGUCCACGUUUCUGGUGGCAUUGGUUGUGUUCGCUGUCCAUACCCUGGUGGCCAAGGAGAAUGCCAUGGAUGCAGAGAAAGCCUUUGUGACCCUCACGGUUCUCAACAUUCUCAACAAGGCCCAGGCUUUCCUACCCUUCUCCAUCCACUCUGUCGUCCAGGCCCGGGUGUCCUUAGACCGUCUAGCUGCCUUCCUCUGCCUGGAAGAAGUUGACUCUGGUGCUGUAGACUCAAGUCCCUCUGGAUGCUCUGCCGGGAAGGAUCGCAUCGCAGUGCACAAUGGCACCUUCGCCUGGUCCCAGAACAGCCCUCCCUGCCUCCACAGGAUAGAGCUCACGGUGCCCCAGGGCUGUCUGCUGGCCGUCGUGGGUCCAGUGGGGGCAGGGAAGUCCUCCUUGCUCUCCGCCCUCCUCGGGGAGCUGUCAAAGGUGGAGGGGUCCGUAAGCAUCAAGGGUCCUGUGGCAUAUGUGCCCCAGGAGGCCUGGGUGCAGAACACCUCCGUGGUGGAGAACGUGUGCUUCAGGCAGGAGCUGGACCCACCAUGGCUGGAGAGAGUCCUGGAAGCCUGUGCCCUGUGGCCAGACGUGGACAGCUUCCCUGCAGGAGUCCACACCCCAAUUGGGGAGCAGGGCAUGAAUCUAUCUGGUGGCCAGAAGCAGCGGCUGAGCCUGGCCCGGGCUGUGUACAGGAAGGCUGCUGUGUACCUGCUGGAUGACCCUCUGGCGGCCCUGGAUGCCCGUGUCGGCCAGCAUGUCUUCAGCCAGGUCAUCGGGCCUGGCGGGCUGCUCCAGGGAACAACACGGAUUCUCGUGACCCACGCACUCCAUGUCCUGCCCCAGGCUGAUCAGAUCGUGGUGCUAGCAGAUGGGGCCAUUGCAGAGAUGGGUUCCUACGAGGAGCUUCUGCACAGGAAGGGGGCCCUGGUGGGCCUUCUGGAUCAAGCCAGCCAGCCAGAAAAUGGAGGAGAAGGAGAAACAGAACCUGCAACCAGCAUUGAGGACCCUGGAGGCUCCUCUGCAGGGGGAAGGCCCAAGCCCAGACCAGAGAGGUCCCUCAAGUCAAUCCCUGAGAAGGACGGCAUCACGUCAGAAGCCCAGACAGGGGUUCCUCUAGAUGAUCCUGAGGGAGCAGGACAGCCAACAGGAGAGGACCGUGUGCAGUAUGGCAGGGUGAAGAAUGCCAUGUACAUGACCUACCUACGGGCCGUGGGCACCUCGCUCUGCUUCUACGUGCUCUUCCUCUUCUUCUGCCAGCAAGUAGCCUCCUUCUGCCGCGGCUACUGGCUGAGCCUGUGGGCAGACGACCCGGUGGUGGAUGGACGGCAGACGCAGGCAGCCCUGCGCGGCUCAAUCUUCGGGCUCCUCGGUUGUCUCCAAGCCAUUGGGCUGUUUGCCUCCAUGGCCACGGUGCUCCUAGGUGGUGUCCAAGCAUCCAGCCUGCUCUUCCAGAAGCUUCUGUGGGACGUGGUACGGUCUCCCAUCAGCUUCUUUGAGCAGACGCCCAUCGGGAACCUUCUGAAUCGCCUCUCCAAGGAGACAGACACGGUGGAUGUGGACAUCCCAGACAAAUUCCGGUCCUUGCUGAUUUAUGCUUUUGGACUCCUAGAGGUCAUCCUGGUAGUGACAAUGGCCACCCCUCUGGCUAUUGUGGCCAUCCUGCCACUGCUGCUCCUCUACAUUGGGUUUCAGAGCCUAUAUGUGGCCAGCUCAUGCCAGUUGAGACGCCUGGAGUCAGCCAGAUUCUCAUCCAUCUGCUCCCACAUGGCUGAGACAUUCCAGGGCAGCACAGUGGUCAGGGCGUUCCAAGCCCAGGGACACUUUGUGGCUCAGAACGACAUUCACGUGGAUGAAAGCCAGAGGGUCAGUUUCCCGCGACUGGUGGCCGACAGGUGGCUCGCUGCCAACCUGGAGCUCCUGGGGAAUGGCCUGGUGUUGACAGCUGCCACAUGUGCAGUGCUGAGCAAGGCCCACCUCAGCGCCGGCCUCGUGGGCUUCUCUGUCUCCGCCGCCCUUCAGGUGACCCAGACACUACAGUGGGCUGUCCGCAGCUGGACAGAUCUGGAGAGCAGCAUCGUGUCAGUGGAGCGGAUGAAAGACUAUGCUCGGAUACCCAAGGAGGCCCCCUGGAGGCUUCCCACCAGCGCAUCCCAGCCCCCCUGGCCUCACAGGGGGCAGAUCGAGUUCCAGGGCUUUGGGCUGAGAUACCGACCCGAGCUCCCACUGGCCGUGCGGGGUGUAUCCUUCAAGAUCCAUGCUGGAGAGAAGGUGGGCAUUGUUGGCAGGACCGGGGCCGGUAAGUCUUCUCUGGCGGGGGGCCUGCUGCGUCUCCAGGAGGCGGCUGAGGGCGGGAUCUGGAUCGACGAGGUCCCCAUUACCCACAUGGGGCUGCACACACUGCGGUCCAGGAUCACUGUCAUCCCCCAGGACCCCAUCCUGUUCCCCGGCUCUCUGCGGAUGAACCUGGACCUGCUACAUGAACACACGGAUGAAGCCAUCUGGGCAGCCUUGGAGACAGUGCAGCUCAGAGCCUUGGUGGCCAGCCUGCCCGGCCAGCUGCAGUAUGAAUGUGCCGACCAAGGUGACGACCUGAGCGUGGGUCAGAAGCAGCUCCUGUGUCUGGCACGUGCCCUACUCCGGAAAACCCGGAUCCUCAUCCUGGACGAGGCCACAGCUGCUGUGGACCCAGGGACGGAGCUCCAGAUGCAGGGCGCCCUUGGGAGCUGGUUUGAGCAGUGCACAGUCCUGCUCAUCGCACACCGCCUCAGCUCAGUGAUGGGCUGCACCAGGGUGCUGGUCAUGGACGAGGGACAGGUGGCAGAGAGCGGCAGUCCAGCCCAGCUGCUGGCCCAGAAGGGCCUGUUUUAUAGGUUGGCCCAGGAGUCAGGCCUGGUCUGAGUCUGGCCCCUCAACUGUCUCCCUGCCAGGCCAGACCACAGAGCCUGCAGUCCUGGAGAUGCAAGUGACUUGGGGGUCAUUGAUGGCCCCAUGUGAUGUUGAGUCUAGACCCCUCUCUGCUCUCUGGGAGGAAAAUGCCAGUGAAAGUGGAUGAUUGUCACAGGGCAUCAGACCUGGAAGGAUCCAGCAGCCUGUAGGUCUGCCUGGACAAGGCCCAUCCAACCCUGUCCACCCUGGAGCCAAAGUUGCUAAUGGCUCUCAGCCAUGGCUGCCCAUUGGACUCACCUGGGGAGCUCAAAAACAUUCCCAAGCCCAGGCUCCACCCCAGACCAAUUAAAUCAGAAUCCCUGGGGCUGGGGCAGGGUGAGGCCAGGCAUUGGCAAGUGUACUUUUUACAAAUUAACCCUUUUAUUUUGAGAUCAUCCUAGAUUCACAUGCAGUUGUAAGAAAUAAUAAGAGAGAUCCCGAGUACCCUUUACCCCAUUUCUCCCAAUGGCAACAUUUUGCAAAACUCCAGUACAACAUCACAACCAGGAUAUUGACGUUGACACAAUACACCCAUCUUGUUCAGAU